GCGGCCUCUUUCAGGAACUCGCCUCGACGAGCGGGGAGCGGGCGGCCAGGCACACCUGCCACGGCUCCAGCAUGGAGAAACUGAGGCCCAGAAGAGUGAAGUAACUUGUCCAGGGUCACAAAGCCAGUCAGUGGUGGAGCCAGAGGCCAGAGCAGGUGAGCACCAAGUUGGCACUAUGGCAGGGCUGGGAGCCUGCAGCCUGACCAAAGCUGCCCUGAUCUUCCUGAUGCUGCCCACAAGCCGGGAGGAGUGUGGGCACAUCAGCCUCUCAGCCCCCAUUGUCCGCCUGGGGGACCCCGUCACGGCCUCCUGCAUUAUCAGCCAGGAUUGCAGCCUUCUGGACCCAGAACCACAGAUCCUCUGGAAACUGGGAGCAGAGCUGCAGCCCGGAGGGAGGCAGCAGCGCCUGCCUGACGGAACGCAGAAGUCCACGAUCACCCUGCCCCACCUCAACCACAGUCAGGCCUUCCUCUCCUGCUGCCUGCACUGGGGCAGCAGCCUGCAGGUCCUGGACCAAGCUGAGCUGCGGGCGGGCCACCCUCCUGCCACACCCUCCAACCUGUCCUGCUUCAUGAACCUCACCACCAACAGCCUCACCUGCCAGUGGGAGCCAGGACCCGACACCCACCUGCCCACCAACUUCACCCUGAAGAGCUUCAGGAGCCGGGGCAACUGUCAGACCCAGGAGGACUCCAUCCCGGACUGCGUGCCUGAGGACGGGCAGAGCUACUGCUCCAUCCCCCGCAAACACCUGCUCUUGUACCAGAAUAUGGUCGUCCAAGUGCAGGCAGAGAACGCGCUAGGGACCAGCGUAUCCCCACAGCUGUGCCUUGACCCCAUGGAUGUUGUGAAACUGGAGCCCCCCACACUGUGGGCCACGGCCCCACGCCAGCCAGGCUGCCUGUGGCCCCACUGGAGGCCCUGGAAGCCUAGCCUGUUCAUGCACCAGAAGUGCCAGCUCCGCCUCCGGCCCCAGCGUGAAAAGACCAACUGGACACAGGUGGCCACGCUGCCCUCCAGCGUCCUCCAGCACGAGCUCUGUGGGCUGCCUCCCGACACGGCCUACGCCCUGCAGAUGCGCUGCAUCCGCUCGCCCCUGCCCGGCCACUGGAGCCGCUGGAGCCCCAGCCUGGAGCUGAGAACUGCUGCGCAGGCUCCCCUCGUCAGACUGGACACGUGGUGGCGGCUCAGGCCGCUGGACCCCAGGACAAAGGGCGUGCAGCUAUUCUGGAAGCCAACACCCCUGAAGGAAGACAGCGGGCAGAUCCAGGGGUACCUGCUCUCCUGGAGACCCUCGGGCCAGGCAGGGCCAGUCCUGCCCCUCUGCAACACCUCGGACCUUCACUGCACCUUCCACCUGCCUUCAGAAGCCCAGGAGGUGACCCUCGUGGCCUACAACACAGCUGGGACCUCUCAUCCCACCCCAGUGGACUUCCUGGAGAGCGAAGGCCCACCCCUCACCAGACUCCAGGCCACAGCCCGAGGACCUCACAGCCUCUGGGUGCACUGGGAGCCCCCCCGGCCUCGGCCUCAGGGCUAUCUGAUUGAGUGGGGCCUGGGUCCCCCCAGCCCCAGCGGCAGCAAUACGACCUGGAAAGUGGAACUCGGCGAGAACAUCACCGGGACUCUGCUGCAGGAGAACAUCAGGCCCUUUCAGCUCUAUGAGAUCACAGUGACACCCCUGUACCAAGGCACCAUGGGACCCUCCAAGCAAAUCUACGCCUACUCCCAAGAGAUGGCCCCCUCCCGCGCCCCAAAGCUACAUCUAAAGCACAUUGGCAAGACCUGGGCGCAGCUGGAGUGGGCGCCUGAGCCCCCUGAGCUGGGGAAGAGCCCCCUCACCCACUACACCAUCUUCUGGACCAACUCCCAAGACCAGUCUUCCUCCACCAUCCUGAAUGCCUCCUCCCGUGGCUUCGUCCUCCACGACCUGGAACCCGCCAGUUUGUACCACGUCCACCUCAUGGCUGCCAGCCAGGCUGGGGCCACUAACAGUACAGGUCUCACCCUGAUGACCUUGGCCCUAGGGGAGUCCGAGCUAUACAUCUUCCUGGGCCUAUUCAGCCUCCUGGCUUUGUUCAUCUGCCUCUGCAGACUCGCCUGGGUCUACUGCAGCCCCAGCAGGAAGAAUGCCCUCUGGCCAAGUGUACCAGACCCGGCCCACAGCAGCCUGGGCUCCUGGGUGCCCACCAUCAUGGCGGAGGAGACCUUCCAGCUGCCCAGCCUUUGGGACCCUGGCAUGCCACCCAUCACCAAGAUCACUGUGCUAGAAGAGGAGGAGAAGAAGCCAGGGCCCUGGGAGUCCAGUGACAGCUCAGACCUCUGUGACCUCCCCACCCUGAUCCAGGCCUAUGUGCUCCAGGGGGACCCAAGAGCAAUUUCCACACAGCCCCAGCCCCAGUUUCCCACCAGUGACCAAGUCCUUUAUGGGCAGGUGCUGGACAGCCCCACCAGCCCCGAGCCUGGCCACUACCUCCGCUGUGACUCCACUCAGCCUCUCUUGGAGGGCCUCACUCCCAGCCCUAAGUCCUAUGAGAAUCUUUGGUUCCAGAACAGCCCCCUGGGAACCCCAGUGCCUCCACCCCAAAGUCAGGAGCAUGACUGUGUCUUUGGGCCACUGGGUGACUUUCCCCUCUUGCAGGGGCUCCGGGUCCAUGGUGUAGAAGGACCAGAGGGCUUUUAGGACUCCUUAAGUCUCCCCACCUGGGCCUGCCUCUUGAAGGGCCUGGACUAUCCAGAGGAGAGGUCAAUAAACCCCUGCAUCCCGAAAAACCACCUACCCCAAGAAAGGUCCCCAGUCUCUUUCCCCCCAGUCUCCAUGGGCUGGGCCUCCCAGGCCACCUGCAUACUUUAAAAGCCAGAUAACUCUGUUCACCCCCACCCUCUAGCCUUUUGUUCUUGUUUCCUAGAAUUGUGGUCUCUUAAACUGCUUUUUUAAUUUUAUUUUUUGGCUUUGUUAUUGUUUUUAGAAACUCCUGAGUGUAUCUGAGUCUCUGCUUCUUUUCAGGACCCUAGCAGCUGGGAUUAUGUCUCAGAAUCAUCUUUCCUUCCUUCCUUCCUUCCUUCCUUCCUUCUCUCCCUCCCUCCUUUCUCCCUCCCUCCCAUCCUUCCCUUCCUCCCUCCUUCCUUCCUUCCUUCCUUCCUUCCUUCCUUCCCUCCACCAGCUCUCACCUAGCAUCUAGACCCUCUGCUGCAGCAGGAAUUCAAAAAUGGCUCAGCUCACCCACUCUCAGAGGGCUCCCAUUCUGAUGACAGAGACUCAAAACUGAUCACUAAGGAGCAGCAGCAAGCCUUGUGUGCAGGGAGUCACAGAGCACUGUGGGAAGUCGUGAGGAGACCUUGGAAAAGACUAACCCCUAUUGGGGAUCUAUAAUCGAAAACAAAAUCUCCUACCAACCCAGAAACCCUCUCUGCAAGGGCAAAAGAGCAAGAAAACAGUUUUAUUAUUGAAUAAGAAUGUGGUGUGCAGGGCAGGCAAUCCAUUAAAGAGAUUGCAAAGACAGAGAAAUGUUCCCAUUU